AUGAAGAAAUCCAACAGCACUCGGGUUAAAGCCCCGACAAACAGACAGACUCCACUACCUCAGAGCCUGCAAGUAGCAGAGCAUCAUGACGCAUCAAUCCCAAACCCAAUUGGAAGGAAUGAUGGUCCUCCUACAGCAGGGCGAACACCAGACCGAGCCCCAAUUGGAAGGACUGUUGUCGAUACACCUGAUGGGAAAAGAGCCUUUUUAAAUGCAAAGUGUACCAUAAGUAUAGGCACUUGGAAUGUUCGUACCCUACACCAAGAGGGAAACCUGGAACAUUUACUACAUGAACUGAGCCACUUAAAAUGGGAGGUAAUCGGCCUCUCAGAAACCCAUUUGUGUGAUUCAGGGGAGCUACGACAGGAAGGAAUACAGUUCUUGUGCUCUGGAAAUGACACCACCCACAGAGAAGGUGUGGCCAUCUUACUAAACAAAGCUGCACAAAGAGCGUUAAUCGGAUACAACCCAAUAUCUGAAAGGAUCAUUACAGCCAGACUACACACUCAAAUUGGUGCAAUAACUAUCAUCCAGAUUUAUGCACCUACUUCAGCUUCAUCAGAUGAAGACAUUGAUAGUUUCUACGAUCAACUUCAACAAGCAAUAAACCAAAUCCCUUCUCAGGAUAUCCAGAUUGUUAUGGUUGACUUCAACGCCAAAGUUGGUACAGACUGGGAAUCCUGGAAUGGUAUUCUUGGGAAAUUUGGACUAGGUGAUGCCAAUGAUAGAGGAGAAAGACUACUCAAUUUCUGUGCACUAAAUGACUUAUGCAUCUCAAACACACUCUUUAAGCAGAAAAAAGAUUCAAGAGAAUGGACGUGGGAAUCACCCGACGGCAACACAAGAAAUAAAAUCGAUUUCAUCCUCAUCAACAGGAGAUGGAAGAGUAGCAUAUCCAUGUCCAGGAGCUUUCCAAGCGCGGAUAUUGGUUCAGACCACCAACUUGUCCAUGCCAACAUGAAGCUCAGACUAAAAGCUAAGCCUAAAUCAGCAAGACAAACCAGAUUUGACAUUGAAAAACUGAAAGACAAGAAUGUCAGAGAAGCUUUCAAAGUACGAAUAGGUGGGAGAUUCGAGCCUCUUCUAAAUGCCACGGAUACUGAUGUUGACGCUGAAGUUUUAUGGGACGGUAUUAAAAGCAGCUUCCAAGAAACAUCAAGAAAGUCCUUGGUACAAUAA